CACGGGGGACCGAGAGGAUCGCUGAUUGCGCGAGCUGGAAACGGACGGCUGGACGGCUGGUGUUCUCGCGUCUGCUCGACGCUCGUGGAUACCGUAGCACGGGGUACCCGUGCCGGUGACGGACGCGCGGACUGCUCGCGGGGUGUAGUGAAACACAUGUGUCGUGGCCGUGCGGUGUUUUCCACCGCCGCGGACUGCUGCCCGUCGCCGUACCGUCUCGCAGGCUGCGCGAGGUCUCGGGCACGCGGGCCGCGGGAGCUCGGGACGAUCGUUCUCGCUGAAGCAGACGCCGCGGUUCACCAGGAGGAUGCGCCGCGCUCCGGCGGCGGCCGCGGAGUAGCCAGCAGAAGCGGAAGGCGGUAGUGCGUGCGUGGGUGGGUGGGUGUCUGGGCGACCGCCAACACUCAUGCACACGGGAUUUCUCCCGUUGUGUGUAACCCCCGCGAAUGCGAGCCGAAUCGUCGCGGUCGAACUGAUACCGAUCGCGCCGCCCGACGUGGUGUCGGUGGCACACCCGGAGGAGUGACCCGGUGUCGAUCGUCCGCUACACGCGCACGUUGUAUUCCCCGAGUGGAAGAAAAAAAAAAAAUGAGAUAUGUCGCCCCUCCGUCUGGAGCGUUUGACGCUGCUAUCCGCGCGUUGCUGACUCCACUGGGACGAUGACACCGCGAUCGAGCCAGCGACAGAUCAACCUGGAGAACGGUCACGCACUUCUGCCUUCUGUGUGCCUCGUCAAGAAAUAAACGGGCACGACCGAGCCAAACCUGUGUGUCUGUCAGCCAUCAUGAUCGCCCGCGAGUCAUGACUUCUGUGCUCCACAAUUUCUGACGUCCCGCCCAAGUGGCAUGAGUUUGCUCCGCUUGUCCACGUGACACACGUGCCUCAGACUUUUUGUAAAUUGUCAGGUCCUCGUUUCGUUGUCGUUGGAGGGCAGAGAAAGGAGAUUUCUGGAGUACGAGGAUGUUCCUCGCCACUGAGUCUAAACGCUGCGACGUUUCAGGUUUAACUAUCUGAGAGAAAGUCAACAAGUUCUGUUAUCCUGUUGCGUGCGUCACACGUUGGAAAGUCCAAGUAUGAGAGGCCCAGCGGAGGAAAAUGGAUAUCGGUAAAGUAUCAGCAUGCGCGAAAAGUCAGCAGAAUGUCAUGCUCACGCAGGUCACGUGAGGGGCACGACAGAGAUGUGCUCGCGUGAUCCAUCUACAUUGCACCCAACCCUCGCCAAGGCAAAUGGUAAAAAUUCAAGUCCCCAGCCGGCUCAUCAUACCGAGGCACAGCGCAUCGACAGCAAUCUGCUGCCAACACCUGGAGGUCGCUUGAAAUUCUUCAAAGAUGGAAAGUUCAUUCUGGAACUGUCUCAUCGCAGAGACGGAGAAAAGACUACGUGGUUUCCCGUGCCAAAGAAAACCUUUUGGCCACCCGCUAGCACCAUCCCGAAUCGGCAGGAGAGCUCUACUUCCCUCAGUGUUUCCGAUGACAAUUCGUCGGUCCAAUCCAGUCCUUGGCAGAGAGAUCACUGUUGGAAGCAGACUCAUCCCCGACGCAGGAUAACCACGGAAUUUAAUUUUUAUUAUCGUCGAAAUCCGAAGACUCGUUUGUGCGCGCAUCUUCGCUUGAUAGCGAGGAAACGCAGACGCCCGUUAGAUUCCACGACUGUGGUCUCAGUUCCGGAAUCAACGGCUAAUUCGACGAGAUUGUCACGGAAAUUGAAUGGUACGUCGUCGUCGGGCAAGGUUCUUAGUUUGAUCAUCGAUAAAUUAGCGCGCCUGCUGGAUCCUAACGUCGUGUCACCUCGCAAACGUAUACUGCGAGAGCUGGAGAGAGUCUCGCUGGAGGAUCAGGCGUCCAAGAGACGGGCCACUCCACAGCCGGUUUGCACAACGAGUGCGCCGCCGACUCCCUCUUCGAAGCAAGUGUCAUCAUACAGUAUAACGAGUAUCCUGGGGGAGGACAAACCGAGUCCCGAACCGGGUUUCUUGAGGACAUUGUUGAAGCCGGACGACCGGCAGCCUGUGAAAUACUCAUCGACUAACGCCUAUCCGAGGGUACGAAUCGAUCCCUACAUCGGAUCCAGCAAUACAUCCGUUCAUCAUCCGCUCUACGGGAUACCAAUGUUGCCACCUGGACCGUACAGAGCGGCGCCUUUAUGGAUGGCGCCUCAUUAUCCGUCUCCCGUCCACUAUCCGCCUCCUAUGCAAUUGUACGCAUCGCCGCAUUCUCAUCCGUUGUCCCCACAUUACAAAGACUACAGGGAACAAACUCUCACACCUCCUUCAGAUAUGCCUCUGAAUCUGUCGAAGCAUGCGGGUUGAAUCUCAGGAUCCCAAUAGAGUUGGUGCCUUAUGAGUGGACAAAACACUACGCAAACACUGCCCGUGCAACGACAAUGCGAUAUAUAUUAGUAUUUUUUUAUUCAUAAAACAAUAGUAUCUUAGUAAGUAGAGAAAAAGAAAGAGAGAGAAAUAGAGAGCGAGAGAGAGAGAGAGAGAGAAAGAGAUACAGAUAUGAUGAAGCCAGAUAGUUGGAUUUUGGGAGAGCUAUACUUGUACAUACAAAUGCAUAAAUUUUUGUCAAUGGCGGCAUAGGUAUUUUAUAUUAAUAUUAAACGCAAGAUUCAAAAAGAAAA